AGUACGUCUCUUGAAAUUCUGGGAGACUCGCUACGUUAAGAAAUUCGGCGAGCUUAUAGGUGCUGAUAUGCUCUUCUUCAACGCAAAGACAACCCUUAUGCAUGGAACCGUUGACCCUAAACAGUUUGAAAACACGCCAAGGGGUCUCAUCAUUUACAUGUAUCGGUUGUGACGAUACAAACGCAAUCGGUGUUCUUAGAUACCGUGUGGAGCCUGCUGUCCCAGAUAAUACUAAAGAAGUUUUCAGAUUCACCUCUGAUAUUCACAUUCAACCACAUCGAACUAUGAUAUCCGACAUGGCUUCUUUUACAUGUGCGAAUCACCGGCUACAGAAACUCGAUGACACCUCAGUAUCUUAUCUUCUCGGCACUCAAAAGGCUGAGAAAUACCAUAGUUUCAUUGGUGAAAGGGCGAGAGACUGGUGAAGAAAGAACUAAAGAUAAAGGGAAGAAGAUCGAGUGCGCAAGAGAAUUGCUUCAACCUAUGUAGACGUACCAUGCCUAAAGAUUUCACAUGGUGCGCAAGAGAAUUGCUUCAACCUAUUCAUAUGAAUAGAUAGUAUGGGAAAAAGAUUGUUUGGAGUUGUGGUGUGUUGUAAUAUACAUUCGAGAUGAGACCUGAGAUUUUGUAAUGUUAUGA